GAAGGAACGUUGUGUGGAGGAGAAGGAUGCAGAGAUAGCCGCCUUGCUGAAGGAAAACCAAACACUGAAACAAGAGAAGGAACGUCGUGUGGUGGAGGAGGCGAAGGUGGACAAGAAAGAGGUUGUGGAGGUGAAAGUGGAACCAGAAGUGAGGCACAAUGUGAAAAGGAUUGCCCUGGAAAUUGAGCAGAAAGUCUUGCACGGAAACAAUGAGGAACUGAACAUGAAAUAUGGAAAGCUCCUCAAGAUGCACGAGAAGGACAAAGCAGUGAUGGCCACCUUGAGAAAGGCAAACCAGGAUCUCAAACAACUGAAAGAACCCUGUGUUGAGGAGAAGGAUGCAGAGAUGGCUGCCUUGCAAAAGACAAACCAGGAACUCAAACAAGAGAAGUUGCGUUGUCUUGAGGUGAAACAUUUUGAGAUAGUCGUUUUGCAUGAUAGAAACCAGGAACUGGAACAACAGAAGGAACGUUGUGUGGAGGAGAAGGAUGCAGAGAUAGUUGCUUUGCAUGAGGAUGCAGAGAUAGUCACUUUGCAUGAUAGAAACCAGGAACUGGAACAACAGAAGGAACGUUGUGUUGAGGAGAAGGAUGCAGAGAUAGCCGCCUUGCUGAAGGAAAACCAAACACUGAAACAAGAGAAGGAACGUCGUGUGGUGGAGGAGGCGAAGGUGGACAAGAAAGAGGUUGUGGAGGUGAAAGUGGAACCAGAAGUGAGGCACAAUGUGAAAAGGAUUGCCCUGGAAAUUGAGCAGAAAGUCUUGCACGGAAACAAUGAGGAACUGAACAUGAAAUAUGGAAAGCUCCUCAAGAUGCACGAGAAGGACAAAGCAGUGAUGGCCACCUUGAGAAAGGCAAACCAGGAUCUCAAACAACUGAAAGAACCCUGUGUUGAGGAGAAGGAUGCAGAGAUGGCUGCCUUGCAAAAGACAAACCAGGAACUCAAACAAGAGAAGUUGCGUUGUCUUGAGGUGAAACAUUUUGAGAUAGUCGUUUUGCAUGAUAGAAACCAGGAACUGGAACAACAGAAGGAACGUUGUGUGGAGGAGAAGGAUGCAGAGAUAGUUGCUUUGCAUGAG